GAUCGGCUCGGUGCGCUAAGCUGAUGAGGAAGCUCGAGAGCUUUAAGGAGCGAUGAUCUUCGGUUUGUGAAUUGCACGUUUCCACGGUACUGCAAAUACUCCGGUAUUUGCUGUCAUAUUUCGGCAGUUUCCUAUCCUUGAACCUCACAAAGUGUCGGGUAUCGCCUUUGUCUCUUAGAUACCAAAGGAUUCAUAGUAUAAGAAAUUUGGAGUCACUAGGUAAUGAACCUGGUUUCAACAGUUCGACGAUCUUGCCCAAGACUUCUUAAAGUCAACUUUAACGGGAGUACUACCACGCCAAAACCACUACAGCAAAUCAGAGCAGGCUUUACACUUCACUCUAUCGGCAACUGCCUACUCUUUCGACCAACUCUACCACAGUCUCAAUCAAUCACGACUACCCCCAUCAUGGCUUCGACACAAUCCUCAAGCCUCACUUCAGCACUCAGCUCCAACUCCAACCCCACAUCCACGGCCGUCACCUUCACAGAUCCAAUCACACACGCCAUCUUAUCCGGCGCCUCAUCAGAAAUACUAGAAGAGAAACUCUCCACAUCCUGGCGGACAAUCAUAGAAGUCGCCUCCAAAACAGAACACCAAUCUCAAGAACCACUAAUUGAAGUUCUCAAAGCCGUACAGCAGCAACAAUUCAGUAAUGAGGAGCGAUCCAAAACUAUCACGAUAUGGGGAUCACAGGUGAAGCUAUGGGAAGACAUGCCCUUAUUAGGAGCGAGUUUGCGGUCAGCGUGGAAUCGAGCUCCCAACUCAGGCAGCAAAGACGACUUCUCAACAACAGAGUGGACCAAUCUCAACGCGUUCGUGGCACGACUUACUGCGCUCUCGCUGUCCCUCUCAAUCCCAGCUUUUGAUUUCUCGCUGUAUGCUAUCUGGACGAUGCGCUCUGCCUUUGAAACGGGCGAAGCAAACAUUGCUGCUGUGGAAGCCGCGAAGCUGUGGUUUCUGUAUGCUGGAGACGCGAUUGAGCAAUUGAGUCGUGAUGGAAAAUCUUUCGAAGGGCCGAUUGCGAAGGCUGGGGAGAAGUAUGCGGAUCGAGAGUGGACGGGUUUUAGUGAGGAGAGGUUGACGGUUUGGAAGGCAGGAUGAUUCUGUGUUUGGAGAUUGGGCUAUGCUAUAUGCUGGACUACGGUCUUGCCUCGUGAGCUACACUUCAUAAACACUGUAUACUUCCUUUUUAGACUGGUGGAUAUAGAUGAUCAUAUCAUCAUGCUCUUCGGGCACAAGUUUUACACUCUAUUAUUGGACCUUCAGCUCCACAGGGAGACGUAAGUGACGCAGCCAGGGUGUUUCAAGGCAACAGAGUCUAAGCGAGAGAUCAACAAAGAGCGCAUACGGUUCCACAACAUACCCAACCAUCCAGGUCUUUGUCUCAUUUUUGACGAAAUUAUACUCGGGCGAUAGGGUAUUCUUGACUUUGCCGCUCUGACAUCUUUAUUGCUUUCUUCCCUUGUGACUUUGUCAGAUUGUCCAGCGAUCUUGUUGAAUCUCAAGCUAUUCAUCGUUUCUAUCACCGAUCCUUGAUAGCUUUCUAAUUUAGAAUAUACGUAGCUUAAAAAGUAGAAAUUAAACAUGUUCGUUCUCCUCAUAAACAGCUGUUUCAAAUGUUCAAUGAAGACAGAAUAUCAAGGUACUAUUCUCAUACAAAACGAUAUGCGCCACCGGUUUCAGCCUGCAUAUCGUUCAAAGGUAGUAUGUAAAUUUAUACACACCCCUGACUUUGUUGAGUCUUUACAAUUUCAGAGUCUUAAAAGGUUGUCCACCGCACCUGUUCCUUCUCCCACAACAGUAGAACACUACACUCUCCAACAUCUCCACGCACCACAUCUAAUGACAACAAUGACAACGCGCUGCACCCAGCUUGAUACCUUCUACCACUCAUGCGGUCACCAAAUCGUUCAGAUCAUCCAUGUCCGCCACUGUCUUGAAUCGCACCCGACAUUCUUCCCAGACCCCAAUGGUAGCGUGACAGCCAUCUCAUGCCCAAAUGUUGGGGAACCUCGCUACAGCUACAUCUACUCCACCUGUCAGAACUGCCCGAUUCGUUUCGUUCGCAGUCCAUUACAGCGAACCGAGCAGCUGAACAUUCUGAGAAACGCCUUCUGCGCGCGGAUGCACGAGCAGGAAGCUCGUGAUACUUCAAGGGAAGCGAAGGGACCGAUUGCGAGGACGACGAAUAAACAGGAGCAAAGAAAGAGGGUGGAUCGUAAUGAGGCUUGGUUGCAUGAACAGAAGCGCCGACGGCGGAUUUCAGAGGCGACUAGAACCCCUCUCAGGGAUCAAUCUCUGGCGUACAGUCCUGACACAUCUAGUAGCCUGCUCCUCGCUCCUGUUGAAGGAGAUGGUGAGGACUGUAGUGUCUGUACGGAGAGUAUGAAGGUAGGUCAGGAUGUUCGAUAACUACCAUGUAAGCAUCACUUUCAUAUGCGAUGUAUAACGCCGUGGUUCAAUCGGGAGAAGAAGACUUGCCCUUUGUGCAGACACAGAUACAACUUGGUAUUUAUGCCUCGGUUGAACAGGACUCCUGAUGAUGCUCCUACACAUAUGCCAUUCGUUGGUUCCUAUGGCAUGGUCUAGACGCAUUUUUCGAUUCUAGAGAACCGUUUGGAGAAGGCCAUGCAAGAGGGUCGUGGAUACAGUAGGUCCAUCAUCCCUGCCUGGUCCUCAACCCCUCUCCCAGGAUUGUCUUUGAAACAUCACAAGAGAUGAAUAAGUCAGAAGUAUAGUAACUCUCAGCAAACCUUAAUACUUUAAAUCAAACCCUAAACUUCCAAAGGAGAUUCAAACAUGAUUACCACAAACGUAAAAUGAACAUAUGCUGUUGAUAUUUCAAUAACAAAAUCAAUGAUGCGAAGUCGCAAUGAUUAUGAUGAUAACGUUCAUCGAUUUCUCUCGCGCAAAAUUUGAGUCAACUCAAUAUUCGAGAGAUUUUGGUGGUAUAAUCCAACCGUGUAUACACAAUUCAAGAACGCCUUCCAUAUGCAAUGAAGUUGUGAGACCUUGCCUCUUUUUAAUUCCCCAAUAGACGCCAGCCAUAACAAACAAUAAGACCAGAUUAGAUUCUGCACUGCAUCUAUUCAGUUUUGUCCUCAUAGAGCUUUACCAGCGCCGGCUUGAACGCCUCGAAUUUCGCAAAGUCUUCGAUCUUGCAACGCAUGUAAUCAAACGCAACGAUAGCGACUUGGUCCUUGCCCUCAGUCUUCAUUACUGGGAUCUUCUGAUAUCUUUGUGAGAAGUGCGUUAGGAGAAUCCGUCUGGCGUUCAUUCUCUCUCCGACACCCAAGGCUUCUGAAGUAGUGGAGUGCUUCUUGGCGAUAGCAUCGGAUCUGAGCUCGUCGUCAAACGUAGCUUCAUGGAUGAGUAGAGUAGCGUCCCGGCCAAUUUCCACAAAGCGCUCUGAAGGCCUGCAGUCUCCAGAAUAGGCUACUUUGAAGCCAUUGGGGAAGUUGAAUGCAACAGCUAACGCACCGUGACAAUGCUCAACCCCACAGGCUUGGAUUGAAGUAAGACCAACUCUUUGGGUUUGCUCAUCAGAAAACUUGUGAUAGUAGCCACCAUUCUUUUUCUCCAUGACGAUCGGUUGAACUCUGUCGUAACCAAAGUCUUCGACUUCAGAGUACUCUUUGAGGAAAUUGGUCAUUCCAUCAUGAGAUGCCACGACCAAAGAGUUGUUCUUCGUCUGGUCGUUUGUUGCGGUUUCCAAAGCCCAUUCCUUAAUGAUUCUGACUGUACCAAGGUGAUGAUCUGCAUGCAAGUGGCUGAUCCAAAUGGCCUUCAACUCGCGCAAAAUUUCUGGUGUUUCGUCACCAAAGACUCGGCUCAGCUGUCCGAAUGUGUUCUCACCACAGUCAAACAGGUAGCUACCAUAGCCAGGAACACGGAGUAAAGUAGCAGAGACGUUUCUAUACUUAGAUGGUAGAGCUGAUCCUGUACCGAGAGUAACGACCUCUGCAUCUUUGCAAGGAAUAUCCUCCUGAGUUUCUUCCAGACGGGCUAAGAAUGCCGCGUCGGUCACCUCCUUGCGAGCCAUCUGAGCAAAUUCUCUGACGUCGGCAGAUUCUUCCUUAAUAACAGUAGCAGUAUCGAGAUACUGAACAACGGAUGUAUCUUGGAUAUCUACCUUCGGCUCUAUUUGUAUGGUUUGGCCCAACCUCGCCUUGACGUAGGGGAGAUUCUCAACUGGCGCCAGAGGAGGAUCGUUGCAGAAUUUUGGAAUUGGGAAACGCUCAGCAUCAACAAGAUGAAGACGGAUGGCAGCUGCAGCUGGGGACUCCAAGGCAAGAUAGUUUGCGCAGGCAUCUUUUGAAGACACGAUGUGCUUCAGCUUGCUAUGCUCUCGCAUAAAUGCUUGAAGUCUCGAAUCCUGAACCACGCCAGGUCCCAGGAUCCAUAUUACUGCGCCAAUACCCGGCAUGACAUGUCCUGAGGCCCACUCCGGACGACUAAUCAAUGGCCCAACGAAUGAACUAUCCGGUAAUUCAAUGACAGCAAAUCCACCGCCUUCUGUACUCUUUGCCAUGACCAUAUCCGGUGUUACAACAUUGCCGGCGGCUGUAGUGACAUUUUCGCCUCGUGUCAACUUGCUGAAGUCCGAUCCUGGAGUGACACCGAGCUCCUUGGCCACCUUCGGGUUGAACUUCCCUCGUUGUGGAUGGUUCUUAAUGAAGUAGCAAACGGAUGUUGCUGAUGGUGUUGUUGGUGGAAGUGUCUCAAUCAGUGCUCCUGGCCAAGGAUUGCGUACAAGUACGUCAAUGUUCGGCACACUAGGGUCUUCAUCUAUCGUCGGACCAUGGUAUUUUUGGAUUUCGCCUUUGUCAUUUCUGAAAAAGAUGGCAGCAGGUCUUUGAACCUCAGAGAGCUUCUUUUUGACCAGAGCAUCCAGACGCCAUUCUGAUUGGAACAUGGCAGAGACGACAGAUUGCCUCAUCUGGUCAUAUCGAUCCUCUCGCUCCUCUGGCGUUUCUUGCUUGCCAUCCAGUGAGGUGGAAACUUCCUCUUCAGAGAACUCCUCAUGGCUUCGUUUCCGCGGCCGCGUGAUAUUCUUCUCGGACUCAAGGACCACAGCCCACAACUUGAUCUGAUCGUCCUUGAAUGUUGGCUCAAUGAGGUUUAUUGCAUCCGACUUUGCUCGGAAUUCAUUUGUGUACAACGGCAUGCCCUUUCGGAAGACAAAUCGCCUCGCGGUUGCAAGCAAAUGUGUAAGAUUUUUGCCGCCAUGGAUAUUCAGGAACUGCUUAUCGACAUGUUCAGGCCGCUCCAAGCCCUUUUUUAACCUGGUCUGCUCAGCGACUUUUUUCUUCUCUUCCCAGGAAACAGUUGCAAUAUCCGCCAGUGUCAGGAUCAUUCCCAGUAUGCCUCCAGUAUUCGCCCAUCCGAUCGUACCAGUCAGGAAGAUGUCUGCGACCUUUGACAAGCCCAGUUUCCGUUGUAUCGCCGCACGCUGUGUUCCUUCUGCCACAUCUCCAAUCAGAUAUCUUUUACUGUCGAAAUGUAGAAGCAGCGUCGUUCCAGGUGUGUCUGCCGUCGGUGUGCUCAGAAACUGCACCCAAGACUUCAUCUUGUUGAAGUCACCCCGACCCUUCUUGAUGUACGGCUUCCAGAUCCUGGUGAACCUGCUGGCACCGUUCUCCUUCUUCUCGUCAAAGAGUAAGUAGUAGUCUGAAUCUUCGUAUUGCUUGUAUGCCCCCAGUUCCGGCCCUGGAAACACUCGAUCGAGACUGGGAAGUUUUCGAGGCGUCCAAUGACGUUUGGCGCUUCUGGAUCCAAGGAUCUGGUGUGCGAAUGAUCGAAGUCCGUUAUAUGACGAUGGGGAGAAGGACCUCUUUGCAGGCAAGAGUCUGGUAAUCAUGGAGAGGAAGAGCACUGUCCA